AAAAUGUCAGUGCGUCUUAUGGAGCGAAUAUGGAGCGGCCGGUCCGUUAUUUCCACCGCCGCCGUGUCAGAAUACCGGGCUGGCCGCUCAGCUCUACAGCGGGACCUUAUAGAGAUGACUGCUGACCUUUGGGGAGGGAGGGGGAGCGGGUACCUGAAUUUGACAGGUACCCGCUCCCACUUCCGUGGAGUUGUUCUUUCAUCUUACCCGUUCCUCUAUCCAGCGACGCGGUCUUCCCGGCUUCUGUAGUGUCAGCAGUCAUCCCCUGUGCUGUCCGCAGUCUCUGGUCAUCCCGGUACUGUGUCCACAGUCUCUGGUCAUCUCCUG